AUUGAUCUUUUUUCAUUUGGUUGCAAGACUACUAAGAUACUGGAAUCAUGUGUGGAACCAAAGCUGCCAAACUUCUUUUACGUAAAAAGAUGAAAAUUGUUAUUGAACAACUUAAUUUUGAGGAGAAACAUAGACAAUCAAAGAAAGUGUUUGAAAAACUUUGUGCUUUGCCACAAUUUCAAGAAAGCAGAAGGAUCUCAUUAUAUUUAAGUACGAAAGAUGAAAUUGAUACAAUAGUAAUAUUAAAGCAUGCCUUUAAAACAAAAAAGGAGGUAUUUGUUCCUAGAUAUAAUGGAAAACAAAUGGAAAUGGUUAAAUUACUUUCAAUGGAAGAUUAUGAACAACUACCAUUAACUAAAUGGAAUAUCAAGCAACCAAAGGCUGAUGAACCAAGAGAAAAUGCUUUGGAAACUGGUGGAUUGGAUUUAAUACUUCUACCAGGUGUUGCAUUUAGUGUGAAUGGAAAACGUCUAGGACACGGGAUGGGUUAUUAUGACAAAUUUUUGAAAUCUUGUUUCAUGAAACAACAACAAAAACCACACUUAAUUGCAGUGGCAUUUAAUGAACAAAUACAAACAGAUAUACCCACAUCAGAAAAUGAUGUAAUUAUAGAUCUUGUACUUACAGAAAAAUAAAUAUAUUUCGUUUAAAAAUAAUGUUUAAAAAAGAUGAUAACUUACCACUGAGAGACUUUUCUUCGAUAUCAACGUAAGUCACUUCGAAUUGCUGCUCCGAAGCAAUUUCUUGCAAAAAUUGCACCAAAUUUAUAUCGCCAACGU